AUGGGCUCCGUUCAGGACCAACCCCAGUACGACGCCAUCAUCGUGGGAAGCGGCUUUGGAGGAUGCUACACACUCCAUAAGCUCCGAAACCUGGGCUUCAAAUGCCUCGUGAUCGAUGAAGCCGCGGACAUUGGCGGCGUCUGGUACUGGAACUGCUAUCCCGGAGCCCGGGUCGACACCAUGGUGCCCCUGUACGAGUUUUCUGACGAGAGCAUCUGGAAGGAUUGGGUCUGGACCGAGAAGUACCCCGGCGUGGACGAGAUCCGGCGGUACUUCCAGCAUGUCGAGUCUAAGUUGCAUCUGAAGAAAGACAUCCAGUUCAACACCCGGGUGGUCGCAGCGACAUUCGACGAGAGCAACAGUCAAUGGAAAGUGACGACGGACGAUGGCAGCGAGCGAACUGCUCGUCAUUUCAUCCUCGCGACCGGAUUUGCCGCGAAACCGUUCAUCCCGAACUUCAAGAAUCUGGAAGCUUUCUCAGGCCCUUGUUUCCACACUGCCCGAUGGCCACAAGGCGGCGUUGACUAUGAGGGCAAACGGAUAGGAAUUGUCGGCAAUGGGUCGAGUGGCUUGCAGGUCAUCCAGGAAGUUGCACCGACAGUCAAGCACCUGACCGUGUUUCAGCGCAAUCCCACCUAUGCAUUGCCGAUGCGACAGAGGAAACUAUCAGUGACGGAUCAAGACAAGAGCCGGUACGCGGCGCUAUACGAACUGCGCAAGCACACGUUUGCGGGAAUCGAUCGGGAAUUUCAUCCCCAGUCCGCCGCCGACGUGCCGCCCGAAGAGCGACAGGCGUUCUUUGAGCAGAUCUGGGAGGAAGGUGGCCUCUCGUUCUGGUUGGCCACAUACCGCGACGUCAUCAUGAACAAGGACUCCAACAAGCAGGCGUACGACUUCUGGCGUAGCAAAGUCCUCCCGCGCAUCAAAGACCCCAAGAAAGCAGAGCUUCUGGCGCCCGAGAAUCCUCCAUACUACUUUGGCACGAAGAGAGCGACGCUGGAGCAGAGGUAUUACGAGGUCUACAACCAGGAGAACGUGUCGUUGGUCGACGCAAAGGCCAAUCCGAUCGUCGAAGUACUGCCGAAUGGGGUCGUAACCCAGGAUGGGGCAUUCCACGAGCUCGAUAUUCUGAUCCUGGCUACGGGAUUCGACUCGGUGACGGGAGGGAUUCUCAACAUCGAUAUCAAAGGCCGGAAGGCCGAAUCCCUCCAAGCCAAGUGGAAGAAGGGGACCUGGACUCAUCUGGGCUUAAUGACGGCAGGAUUUCCUAAUAUGUACUUUCUGUACGGCCCCCAGGGCCCAACAUCCUUCUGCAACGGGCCCACUUGCGCUGAAGUUCAGGGAGAUUGGAUCGUGCAGACGCUGGCGUAUCUGCGGGAUCAUGACCGUCGGGAGCUCGAACCGACGGCCGCAGCCGAGCAGAACUGGAGAGCUCUGGUGAACAGCAUCGGAGACGCUACCUUGCUGCCGGAAACGAACUCGGAGUAUAUGGGAACGAAUAUCCCCGGAAAGCCCAAGGAAAUGCUCAACUACUUGGGGGGACUGACGGACUACAUCAAACGGAUAACCAGCACGGUGGCUCUGGGAUAUCCAGGUUUUAUAUUGAGCUGA